AUGACUAAAUUGUGUAUUUGUCAAAUUUGUACUUGCGGGAAACAUCGUUGUCCACAUCGUCCUUAUGGUAUUAUUGGUAAAGGUGACCAACCAUGUGCCGUAACUGAAUAUCGAUCGGAAUUUAUUCCUCGUGAAGUUGGUAUGCGAGAAUCGUUUAAGCCUGAUUAUAAAUUUCAGUCAAGUGGAAUACCUUUAGAUGAUCAAACAACACAUAAACAUGAUUAUAUAAGACACUCGCUUGACAAAGCUCGCUCAUUCAAACCGGAAGAAGUUUAUAUUCCUCAUGGCGAAUUUGAUUCAUUAACUAGUUAUAAUAAAGAAUUUACACCCAAAGAUGUUCAACGAGCUAAACCAAUUAGACAUGAAGGUCAACCAAUGUUAUCAGCUCCAUUUGAAGGCGAUCCAACAUAUCGAACGGAUUAUCGUAAAUGGGAAACUGGCCGAGCUGAACCAAUUCGACAUGAUGCUGGAUAUCUUCCACCAUCAGAUCCAUUUCGAGGUGAAAGUACAUAUACAACUGACUAUUUAAAACAUCAAGGAGGAAUGCGUCAACCUAUUCGACCCGAUCAAACUAUUCUACAAUCGAGAGAUCCAUUUGAUGAUCGUACUGGCUAUCGUACAGAUUAUAUUCAUCAUCCACAACAAGAACGUUUUCAACGUGCAAAAGAAGAAUAUAUUCCGAAUCAAACAGCUCUAGAUUCAUUAACAACACAUCGAAGAGAUUUUACACCAAAAGAUGUUGAUCGAACACGUUCAAUGAAACCAGAUCAACCAGGUUAUCGAUCAAAUGCUCCAUUCGAUGAUGCAACAACAACGAAAACAGAUUAUAAACCUUGGGAAGUACAACCAAUACAAACCCAUAGACCAGAUGAAUAUCGUGCAAAUCCUGCUGAAAUGGAUUUAAAUACAAUGUAUAAUUCUGAAUUUACACCAAAGCCAUUCACAAAAGUAACAGCAAUUCGACCAACUGAAAGACCUGGAGUUGAUGCUAAAUUCGAGGGAAAUACCACUUAUUUAGGUGAUUAUAGAAAAUGGCCUGGAGGACGACCGCCAGCUAUAAAAUCACAAGCUGGUUAUGAACCUCCAAGUAUGCCAUUCGAAGGAAUGUCAACGUAUAAAGGUCACUAUAUUCCACAUGAUUCUGGUCCACAACGAUCCUAUAAACCCGAAAAUGCUGCUUUUAGAUCAACAGUUCCAUUUGAUGAUGCAACCAUGUACAAAACAGAAUUUACACCAAAAGAAAUUGAAGCAUGUCCUGCUACUCUUCUCGAUUCACCAAGAAGUAAUUUUGUACAUCAUCAUACUGAACCAACAGGUCAUAAAUUUUAUCAGCCACAUCAUGAAUUACAAACUCAAUAUCAGCAACAACAACAACAACAACAACAGUAUCCGAUUUCAGUUUAA